AUGGUAAUCUCCUCUUUAACAGCGCAGAGCCCACCCAAUCAGUUUCGGCAUAGUAUUUCCAUCCAAGGACUUAGGCUUCCUGACACUGGCGGUUCGACUCCGCAAAGCACGCCCACAUCUUCUCUGUACUUCCGCCAGCACUCACUCGGCGCGAUUGAAGCAACGGCCAAAAUGGACGAAGUCAUGACACAACAGAAAUCUUUAUCAGAGAGGAAUCCAUCUUCUGUCUUAAAAUCGAUGACCAAGGAUAUUUCCUUUCCCCAUGUUCAACAACCCAAUGUGAUUCAACACUCAUCGCGAAUGCGCUAUUUCCCCGGAUCUUCCAAGGGUCAGAUCCAAAGCGACAUGCUUUUGGCCAGUCAUUCCAUGUCAGAAGCCCCAACAUUCAAAUACAAGUCGCAACCUCUUUUCUCUCGAGCGAUAACUCAACCGGCGAUUGCACUGGCUGAAAUGACUAGCCGCAUGGCACCUGUCCAACCACUGCCUCAAAGGCCACGAUACUCAAAUGGGGGGAACUCUGAACAGCCUCUCAACAUGAAUGUUGCCGCUGGAAUUCGAUUCAACAAUGCUCAAACCUCGCGCACGCCUUCCAAAGUCACCUCCGCCCAUACUCUAGCCCCAAAUCAGGUCAUUCGGCAGCAAACAGUGUCGCAUCCACAAGCACAACUUCCCAUCGGUCCAUCAAUUGCGUGUGCCAAAUGCCAAAUAUUUCCCCAUUAUGCGUUAAUUGGUUCAAAUCAGGAAACUCCGAUCGACCUCUCAAUAAAGUUUUCAGAAAAAACAUCAUCUGAAAAUUUGGCAAAACAAGAUGCUGUUACAUUCAACGCCUGUCAAUCGGCAUCUACUUAUAACGAAGAAGGCACGAUGACAGAGAAGGUCGCUUUAGAGGAUAGAACGUCCACAAGAGUGUGUGCAUGUUGCUCGUCUGCGUGUUGCACUAAUUGCUGCGACGAAUUUGGUCGAAAAGUACUCCAAAAGAAGCCAAUCAGCAUUGAUCUUGGGCAACUACUACGGACUCAACUCAACCGAUGCCUCCGAACAGUGGACCUUAUUGGCUACGGAAUAGCAUCGAUGCUCGGUGGUACAAUAUUUGUGCUUUCCGGAACGGUGGCAAGAAACAAAUCCGGUCCGGGGACUUUUGUGGCCUACGUUCUUGCCGGUGUUGUGGCUCUGUUGAAUGCUCUGAACUAUGCAGAAUUGGCAUGCCGUUUUCCCAAGGCUGGAUCCACAUACACCUACGCUUAUGUUUUGCUAGGCGAAAUGCCAGCGUUUUUGGCCGGUUGGUCAAUCUUUCUCGAGUAUAUUUUGGGCAUGUCUACUGUUGCAAGGGGCUGGAGUAGCUCUCUCGAUUCUCUAACUCGAGGAGCUAUAGCUAAUUGGACAGCUGUCCAUAUUGGGAGGUUCGACCACGCCAACAAUUUCUUCGCUGAACAACUGGAUUUUGUUGCUGCUGCGUUGGUAAUCAUAGUAGUGAUCACUACCUGUUUCGGUAUUGAAAAAAGCUCUUGGUUGAACCUCGUUUUCACCUCGGUUAACGUUUUGGCCCUUACCUUAGUAUCUGUGUUCAUGCUUGUUUAUGCUCAACCCAAUCUCCUUUUACUCCCUCUCCCUGAAAACACCACCUCGACUUCUAGUCUUCCACUGGACACCUUAACGCCUUUUCUGCCCUACGGCGUGUCUGGGUUAAUUGCAGCUACUGCUACUUGUUUCAAUGCUUACAUCGGCUUUGACAUGAUGUCUAUGUGUGCUGAAGAAGUUGCAGAUCCAGGAAAAAGCAUCCCGCGGGCCAACGUGAUCUCUGUUUCCAUCGUAACACUGCUGCUGUGCAUGGCAGCCAUUUCAUUGACUAUGUACAUCCCUUGGUUCAGCUUAGACGUGGGAGCUCCCUUUCUGGAGGCGAUGCAGGUGGGCCCCGGCAACGCGAUAGCUAGAACAGUGCUGUUCUACGUUGUAGGGGUCGGUUGUCUUAUUGGAAUAUCCUCCAACCUCCUAACCAAUGCCAUUGCUGCACCUAGGAUGUUGUAUGCGAUGGGACAAGACGGACUGGUGUUUGUUUGGCUCGCUAGGGUUACAGAGCCAUUCAAGACACCCAUGGUGGCAAGCGUUCCUGUGGCCGUAAUAGCGUCUGUCCUUGCUCUAAUAUUCAGCAUUUGUAGUCUGGCUGACUUUCUUAGUCUGGGCACUUUAAUCGCCUACUCGAUGUCUGCAAUUGGAGUGCUCAUCCUGCGUUAUUGCCCCGCACCCGAAAAGGUCGUGGGAGCUAAUUUUCCCAAGCCCUUGUCCUCGUCGGAAAAUGACAGAGAAAAGGAGGAACUCGCUAAGAAAUACGGCGACGUCCACAAUGAUUCGAAAGGAAACCCUGCUCAAUCAGACCCGGUAUGCAUUUCGGCUUCUAGGAUUGACAAGCCCGGCUACCUGAAAAAAAGUUGGGCUGCUUGGCUUCCCCAGAGUCUGGUAGAACGAAUGACCGUUAAUCGCGGUCCUGGUGAGGUCUGCAAAGUCAACAUGGGCAUCUUCGUAGUCUUCGUUCUCUUACUUCACGUCACGGUUCUCAUUAUUCCCCAGACGGCACCUUACGGUUGGAGUUACUGGCGAAUGGCGGGUGCUGUGCUCUGGCUACUGGCUUUGGCACUGUGUGUCCUUGUUUUUUCCAUGCACCAACAAUUUAGCGCUCCGCGACCCAACACUUUUCGGGCAAACAAUAACCAUCUACGAAUCUUUGACGCCAAAGAUUUCAUCGACACUCCAAUAAAUGAUGAUGAAAGGACAAAUCGGAACACUCAAAACGUGUUGGUAUUCUGCACCAUGGCGUUCUCUGCCUCUGGUACCAUUUUUGCCCUGCGCGACCAUCGUUUUCAACGCACUGUUGAUCUCCCAGCUCUCGUGGAUGACAUGGGUUCGAUUCCUAAUUUGGGUACUAAUGGAGCGCGAAUAACGUCCGGCGUCGUCAGCUCGUUUUCUUUGAUUCUGAGUUGUGUGGUCAGUAUGACUGCCCCCACUCUUGUUCUCCUCUCUUUCUUGGUUGCAGUGUCCUGUGGUCAUUUUACUAACAAUGAAGUAGUUCAAACAAUUGUUGCGGAUACUCACAUUCUUCGUGUUGAUGCUGAGGUUACCAUCGACGUCCCUGAUGUGGUUUCCGGCAAUUAUCAUUAUACUGUUGAUCCUGAUAUCUAUGGUCAUUUGUCAUUCAUUGAAGCUAAGGCGGAUAAGCAGUUUGUGGAACUGGUUGUCAAUCUGGCCUACUACUCCGCUUAUUCAACAAAGCGUGUCACGUCCACAGUCAUUUUAAGCGCUGGUGAAGUGUUGUUCUACAGCAGUGAUGUUCAGCCUGUCAAAAGGAGUGCUUCCAAGAUAAAAUAUGGUCCGUUUGAAAACCUUCCACCCUUCCAUGAGCAAAUGGCUAGAUUCAAUUAUGAAAACAGCUCGCCGUUUUUGGUUGUGACUAACCUGGAACGAACUAUCGAAGUUUCUCAUUGGGGAAAUAUCGCAGUGGAAAAUAAAAUUUCGAUGAAGCAUUACGGUGCAAAGUUGAUUGGCUCUUUCUCUCGGUUGGAUUACCAGCGAGGCAUUGGUCAUAAAACCUCAGUUGCCUCCAUUAAAGCGGUGUUGCCCGCUUCGGCCAGGGAUAUAUAUUAUCGCGAUGAGAUUGGUAACAUCAGCACCAGUAAUGUAAGGUCGUUGUAUGAUUCGGUCGAGGUGGAACUUGCUCCACGUUUUCCACUAUUUGGUGGUUGGAAAACAUUCUUCAUCUUUGGUUACAGUAUUCCUGCUCAUGAGAGCCUUUAUAGAAAAGGUGAUCACUUCGGUCUCAAAAUGAGCUUUGUUGAUUACCUCUACGAGAACCAGUUAAUUGAUGAAAUGACCCUUCGCAUUGUUCUCCCCGAGACUGUCUCCAAUGUCAGACUUGAGGCUCCGUUCGAAGUGAAGAGACUACCGGAUGAAGUUUUAAAGACCUAUCUAGAUACAUCUGGUCGAACUGUUCUUGUCAUUCAGAAAACAAAUCUUGUUGAAGGCCAUAUUCAGGAUUUCGUUGUUUACUACGACUUUAGUAUGAUGAGUAUGUUUCGUGAGCCGGCAAUGGUUAUUGCUGCGUUUCUCCUGCUCUUCACUGCCGUUAUUAUCUACGCUCGCCUUGACUUUUCUCUUUCUGAGGACCAAAUAACUGAAUUACAGCAGCGUGUCCAAGCGUCAGUUGAUGAAGUUCUGAAUCUACAUAAUCAACGUUCGGCAAUAUAUCAAACGUACGAAGAUGUAAUCAGUAAUUACAAAGCGAAUAAGGAUACCGAUCGCUUCAAAGCCGAGCAACGCAAAGUAGAGGCUGAAUACAGGGCUAUAUCUCAGAAAAUCACCGCACUGCAGACCAAACUACGUGAAUUCUGGGUCGAAGGGGCCGAUAAAAUAGGUGAACUUCAGCAGUUGGAUCAGGAAUACCACGGUUUACUAAAUAAGGGUUUCGCUCUCGCUGAAAGUGCCAUCAUCGGGAAAAUUUCGAAGCCACAAUACCAAACUGAGGAUUCAAAUCUCUCUUCGAAGAAGGUUGGACUGAUAGAGAAAAUGGAGGCCAUCGCUGAAUCCUUGUAG